CUCAUUGCUGUCAAUCAGAUCGAGCCAAACACUUUGAUUAAAAAACUGAAUAUUUUAGGACUUGUUUUCAGUACGAGAUGAGGUAGACAAAGCUGUGGUAGUAAACUAGAAAGAGCAGAGAAAAAGAAAGAGAUAAAAAAAAGAAGCAGAGAGCUUUCUUCAAUGAAGAAACAAGGCUGUGAGAUUGAAGCAGUAGGCAUCGACUACAAGAUCCAUACUCAAAAGAGAGACAACCCUUUCAAGAUCUUAAACAAAAACCAGCAAGAAGUAGUUGAUCAAAAGCAACAACGGCCAGGAAUCCGGCAUGUCCUACAGGAUGUAAACUGCAAGGCGAAACCAUGGGAAAUCCUCGCCAUUGUUGGUCCAAGUGGAGCUGGAAAAUCUUCAUUACUAGAGAUCCUAGCUGGGAAACUCACCCAACAAAGUGGUUCCAUUUUCGUCAACAAAACCGCCAUUGAUAAAGCUCAGUUCAGGAGAAUCUCCGGCUAUGUCACCCAGAACGACACUCUUUUCCCCCUCCUUACAAUCGAAGAAACCCUCAUGUUCAGCGCUAAGUUACGUUUAAGGCUCCCUCGAAGUCAGCUGAGCGUUAGGGUCAAGUCCUUGAUACAAGAACUUGGUUUAGACCACAUCGCCAUGGCUCGGGUCGGCGAUGAUCGGGUUCGUGGGAUAUCCGGUGGAGAAAGACGCCGGGUUUCUAUAGGUGUGGAUGUGAUUCACGACCCCAAAGUGUUGAUUCUCGAUGAGCCGACUUCGGGUCUCGACAGCACGUCUGCGCUACAGAUCAUCGAUAUGCUCAAGGUCAUGGCUGAAACCAGGGGAAGAACGAUCAUUCUAAGCAUUCACCAGCCUGGUUUUCGCAUCGUGAAGUUGUUUAACUCUAUGCUUUUACUGGCUAACGGCUCGGUUUUGCAUCAGGGAACGGUGGACCAGCUGGGUGCAUAUUUGAGGGACAUGGGGUUGCAGCUUCCUCUUCAUGUGAACAUCGUCGAAUUCGCCAUCGAGUCGAUCGAAGCUAUUCAGCAGCAGCGAAAGGGUGGACGGGUACAAGUUCAAGAACAAGGCUUGCCAGUAGCCCCAUCGUCUCGGACCGGUAAGUUUACGCUUCAGCAGCUUUUUCAACAAUCCAAGGUCGCCGAUGAAGAAACUAUGAACGUUGGGAUUGAUUUCCCAAGAGAUUUCGCCAAUUCGAGGUUGAAGGAGACCAUGAUUCUCACGCACAGAUUCUCCAAGAACAUAUUCAGAACCAAGGAGCUGUUUGCAUGCAGGACGAUCCAAAUGCUGGUCUCAGGGCUGGUCUUGGGCUCCAUCUUCCGCAAUACCAAAGACGAUCUAGCGGGAGCAGAAGAAAGGGUGGGUCUGUUCGCAUUUAUAUUAACGCUCUUACUGUCAUGCACGACGGAAGCACUGCCGAUAUUUUUACAAGAAAGAGAGAUUCUAACGAAGGAAACCUCAUGCGGGAGCUACAGAGUUUCAUCCUACGCGCUUGCCAACGGACUCGUAUACCUACCCUUUCUACUCAUUCUAGCCAUUCUGUUCUCGACUCCACUGUAUUGGUUAGUCGGACUCAACCCGAGUUUCACCGCCUUCGUCCACUUCCUGCUGUUGAUUUGGUUGAUCCUGUACACCGCAAACUCAGUGGUGGUGUGUUUUAGCGCACUGGUCCCUAAUUACAUAAUCGGGAACUCGGUGAUAUCAGGCGUGAUGGGCUCAUUCUUUCUCUUCUCCGGAUACUUCAUAUCGUCCCAUGAGAUCCCAAACUACUGGAUCUUCAUGCAUUACAUAUCCUUGUUCAAGUAUCCGUUCGAAGGGUUUUUGAUAAACGAGUUCUCCAAAUCGGGCAAGUGCUUGGAGUACAUGUUCGGGAGCUGCUUGGUGACGGCGGAGGCGGUGCUCAGGGAAGAAGGGUACGGGGAAGAAAGCCGGUGGAGGAAUGUGGUGGCGAUGGUGGGGUUCAUCUUGGUUUACAGGUUCGUUUCUUAUGUCAUUCUUAGGUGUCGAUGCUCGACCAGGAAUCUUAGGGCAUCGUAUUCUUGAACAGAUUCUCUUUUUCUCUCUCUCUCACGUGUAUGGCAACCGGAUGGUUCACAUGAUUUUGGAAUUACAUAAGAUAGGAAAAGCCAAAGGGACAAUAAGAAAAUGUUUGUAUCAAGGAUUCAAAUAGUGGUUGCGGCAACGUUUAUGGUCGCUUAACGUUGCAAUCAUAGACAUAACCGACAUUAUUACAUAGAU